AUGUCGAUGAGUCACUUUCAGAACGCGACCUCUGGGAAAGGGUUGGCCCGGCGAGCCUUGAUUCAACAUUUGAGCUACCACAUUGUGGUUCCUCUUGACCUCCCGGAUUGGCAAACUCGCAAGGAGAAAGGAUACAAUCUCGAGAACAACAUCCGCCAUGAGAAUGACCUUGCGUUUCAGUCCGGAAUCUUGGGUCUCUUCAAUACUUUGAAACAUUGGGAUUCCAAUUUGCGUCUUUCGGUUGAGUUGGCGCUGCUGGGUCGCGAAACCGGAAAGGAGCCUCACACAUAUGACUGGGACACCGCAGGCGAAUACCGCUACGAUUAUAAGAAGGGAAGAACAAAGUCAGUUCCUGUCAAUCGUGCGCAAUUUCUAGACAAUGGGCCUUCCCUUCUUCCGGAUGUCGCGUGCAUCGGCCGUCUUUGCUUUAAUGAUGGUCCCCCUUUACAUCAAAUUUGGGCCGGAUCGGCCAUGCAAAUUGCUCAGCGCUGUAGUACUCUUACUGAGAUGGUACUAGAUUUCGAUGAGUAUAUUCGCCCAGAUCACAUUGAAUACAUUCAAGCAAGGCGUCAAGCUUUGGCCGACGGUCUUUUGAAGAUGCCACGUAGCCUCAAGGCAUUCGAUCUCCUCAAUCAGAUGGAACGCCCUUGGAAGAAAAUGAUGACCGGGUUGAAUGUUCUGCUUUCGGAUACCGACUUUCUUUCGCAGAACAUUCUGAAUUUGAGUCUCUCACUCAGAGAAUUAAAGAUUGACCAGCUAUCACUCACGCCAGAUUUCUUGUUUCCUCUAGAUACAGAAAAUCAUCCCUUGCCGACUUCCCGAUCUCUAUAUUGGCCUUCAUUGGAAGUGGUGGAGCUGACUGGGGUUCCUCCAAGACUUCCCUCGGGUGCGUUCAUCAACUCGCCAUCAACUGUUCAGCUGUGCCCCUUCGUUUGCAAUUCAGGCCAGUGGGUUGUACAUCCAACACCUGAGGACCAAAGCGAAAUCGACGAAGUCGAAGACUGGGAGAGGAUCAUCUGUGACUAUGAAGAAGGCACAAUUUCCCGGCCGAUUUUUGAUACCGAGCAUUUUCACCGAACCCUUAUUUCCCUAGGCCAUGCAGCUCGUCUGAUGCCCCGUUUGAGAUACAUGCAAUAUUGUCUCUCACAUAACCCGAACUUUCGGUUUGAAUUUGAGGCCCAUGCGUCGUCUGGUAAGGCAGAGUGGCAGCUUUAUUCUCUCUAUCGACCGGAUCAACGGGUAGCGGAUGCGUGGAAAUGUUCGUUAGCGGAGCUAGAUGCGAAAUUCCCUGCAAGGUUGAUCAAGACGACUAUUGCGGACUGGGAUCAACAUGUAGCUGAAUCUUGGAGCACUGUGAAACAUUGA